GGACUUGACGAGGUGAUGGCCUUAGGUCCGAACUCAGCCCUGGAGGUCACAAGGUCAGCAAGCACAGUCCAGGGCACACGACUGCUUCGUCUGCAAGAGACCUUCAAAGGCAAGCCUGUUAACGACGCCGUCCUAACGGUGGAAACGGACAGCACAGGGCAACAUGUGUAUGACGCCAGUGGUGCUGUGUAUCAGGGUAUAGAGGACGACACGGACGGCACUGGAAACAUCGACAGUCAGACCGCAUUAGACAUCUGUGUUACCUUGAAUGGAGACGAUGCCAUUACAGAUGACAUCACCAGUGUCAAGAGUGAGCCGGAAAUAUUCUUAGACAAAGAAGACCGAGCAUACCCGGGGUAUUUAGUUCAGUACCUCGUCAUCCAAGAGUCCCAAGAGCGCAGGCCCACGUGUCUCGUUGACGCACGGGAUGGGAGGGUCACCAUGACCUGGGACGCCCUCGACACUUGCAGUCAGUGCGAUGUCAAAGGCACGGGAGGGAAUCGAAAGAUCGGCAAGAUCCACUACGGGGAACUUCACAAAUGCCUGGAUGUCACACGUGUCAAUGACACGUGCUAUACAGAAAACAAAUACGUUAAAGUCAUUGAUAACAAAGGAUUGCUUCUUUACAGCACAAGUGCAUUGAACAACUUUAGUGAUGCCGCUUCUUACAACUGCGAGGAAGCCACAGACCAAAUCAACGGCGCGUACUCACCCAUCCUGGAUGCUCUGUUUUACGGAACGACUGUUGCGAGAAUGUUUGAGGACUGGUACAACACUACCCCGCUAGAUGGACAGAUAAUAAUCAGGGUACAUGUAGGUGUGAAUUUAUCUGAUGCAUAUUGGAAUGGCCGUGAAUGUAUGCUUGGUGACGGCGGUGAAAUAUAUCAUCCUUUGGUUACUUUAGAUGUUACAGGACAUGAAAUAGCACACGGAGUUACAGAACAAUCGUCCUAUCUCUAUUAUUUUAACCAAUGGGGGGCUAUCAAUGAGGCGUUUUCAGACAUUACUGCAGAAACGUCUGAAGCUUAUCUGUGGAAGGCAGACUGGGUCAUAGGUUUCGACUUCGCUAAAAAAGGGCAACCUCCACGUCGCUAUCUCGGAAACCCCUUCGGCUGACAACAAGUCUAUAUCCCACGUUGAUAACUUCACCGACGAUCUCGAUGUACACUAUGGCAGCGGUGUGUACAACCGGGUUUUCUAUCUUCUUGUCCACGAAUACGAGCAGUCCAUCAAAGAAAUCUACCGAGUCUUUCUGCACGCCAACCGAAUGUACUGGCAUCACAUGUCUGACUACCACAGCGCUGCCUGUGACGUCAUGAAGGCGGCCUACGAUCUGGGUCAAGAUGGCGCUCUCUUCCGCCGGGCUUUCAAAGACGUUGGAAUAGACGUCUGUGACAUACAAAACCAUGUUGUGGGACUUCGGGAUGAUAAGGUUUACGAUAACAUCACAGUGUCCAGUGAAGUGUCCCCUGUAUUCCUCUACACGCUCUCUACUAAAGAGCCGUUGAAAUUAAGCGGCGUAAGUGUCAGCGCCAACAGCUCCACUGAUGACGUGCACAUCGUCCUCACUGACCAAGGCUGGGAUGUCGACGAGAAAGAGAGGGAAAUAUUUGCCGAGGGUGACAACCUCGUCAAAGCUGAAAUCGAAAGGAACGCAACUGCCAGCAUUAUCUACAUUAGGUUAUCGAGUGAAUCAACAAAACCUCUAACUGAUGUCACACUACUGGUGUCCGCAUUCAUACUCUAGUCUCGUCACAAAGGUGAGUCUGUCCAAUUCAUACUGCAACAAACAAAAUAAGAAUGUGUAGAUAUAGAUAAAUAUGGCCUUAAUGUGUACUAUGACACAACAUAAAAAUAAAUUUUUUGAAAGAUGUAUUAAAUGCUUAUAAGGAAUUCUAUUAUUAUGUCAAGCCAGAGACAUCAGAGGAGGUGAUGGCAGAACCAAUACACUUAAAUAGUAGAUUUCAGCUUGGCAAGAAGGCCAUUUUCUUCAAAAACUGUGUUAAUAAGGGGUUAUAUAGAAUUCAACAUUUUUAUAAUGAAUCUGGAGUAUUUUUGUCCCUGUGUGAAAUUAAUGCCAAGUAUGGAAAAUUAAUAGAUAUAGUUACAUACAUGGGCUGUGCAAAAAUAAUUUAAAAAUUUGUUCAUUCAAUGGGCAUUACAGUUAGGAACAACACUGCACAAGAAACAUCAAAAACUAUUGAACUAAUUAAUUCUAUAAAGAAAGGUUCCAAAUAUUAUUACGAAAUAUUGACCGAAAAUACAAUCAGGCCCAAAUGUUGUCAAAAGUGGGAAAAUAAAAUAGGGGCCCAAUUACCCUGGAAAAUAAUAUUUUCCAAGGUUCAAGGAAUAAAAGAUAUUAAACUGAGAUGGUUUCAGUGCAGCAUUAUCCACAGAAUUCUAGGUACAAACUCCCUGGCAGAAUAUAUGGGGAUAGAAGUUAAUAAAUGUACUUCUGUGGUAACGAAAGGGAGACAAUUGAACAUCUAUUUUAAAGCUGUAAGGAAACCAAACUAUUUUGGACAAGCCUAGGAAA